AAGACGCCCCCGUCUCUCUCUCUCUCUCUCAUGCAUUCUCAUCUUCUCUCUCUUUACAGGAUUUUCACGUUCUCUCUUCAACUUUCUCGGCAAUUUGCUUUCAUUUUCUCUCUUUUUCCGAUCUUUUUCUCUGGCUAUCUCCAUAGUUUCCGUGUCCCUAAACAUCGCUAAUUGCUGAAGAACUCGAAAACAGAGAUCAACUCCGAACUAUCUGUUUGAAUUCAAUCAUUUUGCCCAUUUUUUGAAAACUGUUGGUUGAUUUCGACAAUGCCUUGUUUCAUUUCCCUUGGAAAUGCAUUUAGUUGGCGGCUUUCUAAUGUGGAUUCUACAAUCUGGAGGGAAUUUUUUGGGGCUGAGAAUGAAAAGUAGGUCAGAUUAUAGUUAAUUGCUUUGUGUGGUGGAUUUAGAAAGUUGUAACAAUGGCUUUCGAAUUGAGUUCAGUAUUGUCAAGGUUGGGGAUGGUAUCAACUUCGAACCAUGCUUCGGUUGUGUCAAUGAAUUUAUUUGUGGCGCUUCUUUGCGCGUGUAUUGUGAUCGGUCAUUUGCUCGAGGAGAGCCGAUGGAUGAAUGAGUCCACCACUGCCCUUGUCCUUGGUCUGUGUACCGGGUCUGUGAUUUUGCUUACAAGUGGGGGAAGAAGCUCGCAUGUUUUAGUCUUCAGUGAAGAUCUUUUCUUCAUAUAUCUUCUUCCACCUAUUAUAUUCAAUGCCGGGUUUCAGGUGAAAAAGAAGCAAUUUUUCCGUAACUUCAUCACUAUUACACUGUUUGGUGCUGUUGGUACAAUUAUUUCCUGGGUCGUUAUAUCAGUAGGUGUCACACAGGUCUUUAAAAGAAUGGAGAUUGGCUCUCUAGAUAUUGGUGAUUACUUAGCAAUCGGUGCGAUAUUUUCUGCAACAGACUCUGUUUGCACAUUACAGGUGCUUGAUCAGGAUGAGACACCGCUACUCUACAGUCUGGUUUUUGGGGAAGGUGUCGUAAAUGAUGCUACAUCAGUGGUGCUUUUCAAUGCAAUACAAAGCUUUGACGUUACAAAUUUUGAUCCCACAAUUGCCCUUCAAUUUCUUGGCAAUUUCUCGUAUUUAUUUGUUGCAAGCACUUUGCUGGGAGUGCUAACUGGGCUGCUUAGUGCCUAUAUCAUCAAAAAGCUGUAUUUUGGCAGGCACUCAACCGAUCGUGAGGUAGCUCUUAUGAUUCUCAUGGCUUAUCUUUCAUAUAUGAUGGCCGAACUAUUCUAUUUGAGCGGGAUUCUAACUGUAUUUUUCUGUGGGAUUGUUAUGUCCCAUUACACCUGGCACAACGUGACAGAGAGUUCAAGGAUCACAACAAAGCAUGCUUUUGCGACUUUGUCUUUUGUUGCCGAGAUUUUUAUUUUUCUUUAUGUUGGAAUGGAUGCUUUGGACAUUGAGAAGUGGAGGUUUGUUAAUGACAGUCCCGGAAUAUCAGUUGCAGUGAGUUCAAUCCUGCUAUGCCUAAUUUUGGCUGGAAGAGCAGCUUUUGUGUUUCCACUAUCUUUCUUAUCUAAUCUAGCCAAGAAAAAUCCAAAUGAAAAAAUUGAGUUCAAGCAGCAAGUUACAAUAUGGUGGGCCGGUCUUAUGAGGGGAGCAGUGUCUAUGGCACUUGCUUAUAAUAAGUUCACUAGCUUGGGUCAUACUCACUUGCGAGGAAAUGCAAUUAUGAUAACAAGCACCAUCACCGUCGUUCUUUUUAGCACGGUGGUGUUUGGUUUAUUGACCAAACCUCUUGUAAGGUUAUUGCUGCCCCCAAAACGGUUGUGCAGCACCGUAUCAUCAGAUCUCGGAACUCCAAAGUCAUCCACAAUGCCACUUCUCGAAGGCAGACAAGAUUCCGAAGUUGAUCUGGACGGCACUGGUAUCCCCCGCCCAAACAGCCUACGGUUAUUUUUAAGCACCCCAACUCACACCAUCCACCGUCUCUGGCGUAAGUUUGAUGAUACGUUCAUGCGUCCCGUGUUUGGUGGGCGGGGUUUCGUUCCCUACGUGCCCUGUUCACCGACGGAACGGAAUGAACCAGGUGCUGACCAAUGAAAAUGAGAGGGGAAGGGAAGACAGUAUGUUCAAUACAAAACGAGAUUUAUUAGCAACAUGAGACUGGAGUCCACACGUCAUCAUGAUGUGGGCUCGACUCCCACUGUGAGUAGGAAAAUGCAGUAGAACAAAAUGGUGUAUGUAAUAUUAUUCGUAUAUAAUAUAUUAGCCCGGCAUGGGAUGUUUUGUUCUGCCGCGAUUAUCA